AUGUCGUCCUUCCUCUCCCGUUCGGCUGCGCCCGCGGCCCUGUCGCCGCAAGAGUCUGAACAACGCAAACAGCAGGUGAUGCAGCAAGUCAGGGAACAGCUCGCGCUCGCCAACGCCCAGGAACUGAUCAACGUACGUCGCUUGGAUCCCACCGAUCGGAGGAGGUGGUAAUUCGUCGAGGUCGAGUAACUCAUGCUUUGUAUCGCCGUUGUUGAUCCUACGCAGAAAAUGAACGAGAAAUGGUGAGCAGAUCAAAAUCACCCCAUUUCGCACUUGGCAUGGUUCAUCGCAGCCCACCCCCCACCCCCCACCCCCGACCCGACUUGUCCUUCGUCCCACUCCCGUACCCAGUCCUAACCCUCCCUUUCAUUGCCCCUCCCCUUUUCAAAACUCCCAGCUUCGCCAAAUGCAUCCCCAAACCUUCGACGAGCCUCGGCAGUUCGGACGAGAGCUGUCUCGCGCGCUGCACGGAACGAUAUUUGGAAGCGUGUAAGUUCCCCCUUCUCCUUCUUUCAUUCCCUCUUCAAUCUCCUGAUCAUCGAUUUUUAUUUUAUUUUAUUAUAUUAUUUUUUGGCCCGUAUCAUCUUGGCGACAGUCAACGUCGUUUCGAGAUCGUACACCGCGCGCUUGAACAGGGAAAGAGAGAAUGCGCAGAUCGGGCAGUUGGGGGGUGGGAUGGGCGGCGAGGGGUUGAACUGA